GGUUGUUGCUCGGACAAAAGGCAUCGCGGAUCGGAUGAAGGAAUCUUCCAACUCCAAAACGCGGCCAUUGGUUGGCCAGUGGUUGUAUGUAUAAAUAGAGGAGGAGUACACAAGAUAGAUAAGACAAGAGCAAGAAAGCAACACUGCAACAAGAGACGCAGAAAGAGAGAGAGCGAAGCUUGAGCUGAGCUAGGACGAUGGGGUUGCUCAUGCUGCUUCACGUCCUGCUUGUCGCGGCCGCGGCGAGAGCUCCGGCGGCGCAGGCGUGGGGCAAGGAGGGCCACUACAUGACCUGCAAGAUCGCCGAUGGUUUCCUGACGAGCGAGGCGUUGACGGGGGUGAAGGCGCUCCUGCCGUCGUGGGCCAACGGGGAGCUCGCGGAGGUGUGCUCGUGGGCGGACAGCCAGCGCUUCCGCUACCGGUGGUCGAGCCCCCUCCACUUCGCCGACACCCCCGGCGACUGCGAGUUCAGCUACGCCAGGGACUGCCACGACACCAAGGGGAACAAGAACGUGUGCGUGGUCGGGGCCAUCAACAACUACACCGCCGCGCUCCAGGACUCGUCAAGCCCAUUUGACCCGACGGAGAGCCUGAUGUUCCUGGCGCACUUUGUGGGCGACGUGCACCAGCCGCUCCACUGCGGCCACGUGGACGACCUCGGCGGCAACACCAUCAAACUCCGCUGGUACAAGAGGAAGAGCAACCUGCACAAGGUGUGGGAUUCGGACGUGAUCACAGAGGCCAUGAAGGACUUCUUCGACAAGGACCAGGACGCUAUGAUCGAGUCCAUCCAACGCAACAUCACCGAGGACUGGUCCAGCGAGGAGAAGCAGUGGGAGGCGUGCCGCAGCAAAACCACGACCUGCGCUGAAAAGUACGCCCAGGAGAGCGCGUUGCUGGCAUGCGACGCGUACGAGGGCGUCGAGCAGGACGACACCCUAGGAGACGAGUACUACUUCAAGGCGCUACCGGUGGUUCAGAAGAGGCUCGCCCAGGGAGGCGUGAGGCUGGCGGCGAUCCUCAACCGGAUCUUCAGCGGGAACGGCAGGCUGCAGAGCAUCUGAUCGAUGCAAUUUCCUAGAAAAUAAAGAAGAACAAGAGGAUUGUCCUGUCUGACCACGUUAUAGCUUCACCAAAAUCACUGAACUCGCGAUUAUAGUAUUUGUUAUCCACCCACCAAGGCGGCUUAGAGUCGUUGUAUCUGUAUGUAUCCAUUAACUCCAUAGUAUCCUCUUCCUCGGAGCGGCUUAGAGUUUCUGCAGCGAAUCAUUGUAUCUGUAUGUGUGCGUACUGGUACCUAUUGAUUGACACCAUCGUGUCAUCUUCAUUUCCUCUGUACGGUAGCAAUCUACUCCCAUGUGAUUGUGACCUUUUCGUCUCUGCUAAAAUAAUCUACUGCUUCAGCUA